AUGUACAUAAGCCCUAAGGAGGAGUAUUUUCGUGGAGAAAUAAUACAUCAUGAGCGUUUGUUUUUGUUUAGGUUUCCCCUUACAAAUGAUUUUCUAAAUCGGAAAGGGAUAGUUGCUACUCGGAGAGAGAACUUCCAACCGACAGCAAAUCAUUUGCGGUGCUCUCUUCAUUUUGAAGAGAAUUGUUACUUGGAAAAUUAUGUAAAUAGACGUCAACUGAAGGACGAUGCUAUACCGACAGUAUUUGGAUUUCCAGCUCAUUUAAAAAAGGUUACCAAGGCAAGGCCAAGAAAUGUUGGGACAGCAGAAAACGUGAGUGUGGAUGUGCACCUUUCUGGUUACACUGGAGACCACAAUUAUUCAAUUCCAUCAAGUCCAAGUAAGGUGAAGGAAAAGUUCGAAAAAACUGAAGAAAGGAAGGAAGCAAAAAUUGUGCGAUAUAAGACUAAGUUAAAUACAGUGAACAAAAAGUGCAAAAGACAGACGCAGAAGGUUUUCAAAUUAGAAAAUAUUUUAGAAGAACUGAAAGUUAAAAACUUAGUAAACGAUAAAGUAAUCUCGUUUAUUAACGCUACUGACAAUGACAUGUUAGUGGAGAUGGCCAUUACAAUGUUGUAUGUUGUAAAUGUCAGUGUGUUAGCUGUUACUUGUGAUGGACUUUCCACUAAUAUUGCAAUGGCAAGGGAGUUAAGUGCAAAUAUAAUCGUACUGUCUGCUACUUUAAAAGUUUCGUGUAAUUAUCUAAUGCAAAUAACUCGAUGUAAACUCACUCCACCUUGUCAUGAAAGAGCCUUACAUUCUUAA